AGCAGCAGCAGCCUCCGGUGGCGGCUUCGCGGCCCCGGCGGUGGCUGUGGGGCGAGAGGUGGCGUAAAAUGGCGUCGCUGCGGGAAGGGGGCAGGUAUGGCGUGUCCUGCGGCAGAGUCACGCAGGACAAUAUCACGGUGCUGCAUGUCAAACUGACCGAGACCGCCUUUCGAGCACUGGAGAACUACCAGGGGAGCAAGAAUGUAAUUCCUUCUCGACCUUCAAUACAGUUUCGAGGACUUCAAGGGCUUGUAAAGAUUCCCAAAACUGAUGUCCCAAAUGAAGUCCAUACCUUUGAUUUCUAUCUGUCAAAUGUUGGCAAAGAUAAUCCUCAGGGAAGCUUUGACUGUGUCCAGCAAACUGUUUCAAGUACUGGAUCAUCACAGCUCAGUUGCCUAGGAUUUAUACAGGAUAAAAUUACUGUAUGUGCAACAAAUGAUUCUUACCAAAUGACCAGAGAACGUAUGACCCAGGCAGAAGAAGAGUCUCGUAAUCGAAGUACAAAAGUCAUAAAACCAGGUGGACCAUAUGUAGGUAAAAGAGUACAAAUUCGAAAAGCACCACAAAGUAUUCCAGAUGCAGUUCCUGAAAGGAAAAGGUCUACCCCCAUCAACCCUGCAAGUACAAUACGAAAAACCCAUACAAACAACAGUAUUUCACAGCGGCCUUAUAAGGAUAGAAUAAUUCACUUAUUGGCACUGAAGACUUACAAGAAACCAGAACUUCUUGCCCGCUUAUUAAAAGAUGGUGUUAGUCAAAAAGAUAGGAAUUCCCUUGCUGCUAUUCUUCAGCAGGUAGCCAAUCUGAAUCCAAAGGACAACUCUUACACUUUGAAAGAAUAUGUUUAUAAGGAAGUUCAAAAAGAUUGGCCUGGAUAUAAUGAAAUAGAUAGACAGUCACUGGAAUUAAUACUUUCUCGAAAACUACAUUCAUCUCAGAAUGCCACCAGCACCAGUAACUUGGGAUCUCCUUUGAGUACUGUCAAAGAGGUUGCAUCUGCUUCCCCUUCUCAGAAACGGCUUUUGGAUUCUGACUUUAUUGAUCCGUUAAUGAAUAAAAAACCAAGGAUAUCUCAUCUUACCAAUAGAGUUCAACCAACAUUAAGUAGCCAUUUGCCUACUUCUGGUGAAAAAAAUGCUGAAACUUCUCAACCACCACCACCUCCUGCAGUUGCUGCAGCACCAGCUGCUCCACCAUUUGUUUCAACUUGUCUCCCUGUUUCAAAUCCUCCCCAGACUGCAAGUUCUAACUCCAAUUCCCCAAGCACUCCCGAAGGUCGGGGUACCCAGGACCUGCCUGUUGACACCUUAAGCCAGAAUGGCAACAUUUAUGAGGACCAGCAUCAAAAAUACACUUCCAGGACUCCACUGGAAAUCCCAGCGCCUUCUGAAAAUCUGUCAGUGUGCCCAAAGUCUACAGAUGAAAAACAUUCAUUACUCUACAAAAAGUCCAAAAAGAAAUCAAAGAAGCAUAAGGAGAAGGACCAAAUAAAAGACCGUAACACUGGGAAGGAAGAUGAAAAAAUGAGAGACUGUGAAAGCCAAGAAAUUACCAAAUUGAAGAAUUCCAGUCAGAAAAUGAGUGAAGGUGUUAAAGAGACACGCACUGCCACUACAGAAACUCUGUCAACAAGUGAACUACCAGACUUCUUUGUCAAAUACAUAGCAAUUGUCUCAUAUGAGCAACGUCAAAGUUACAAGGAUGAUUUUAAUGCAGAAUAUGAUGAGUACAGAACCCUGCAUGCAAGGAUGGAGAGUGUAACUAGGAGAUUUAUGAAACUAGAUGCACAGCGUAAACUACUCUCUCCAGGAUCUAAGGAAUAUCAGAUCCUUCAUGAGGAAGUCUUACAAGAAUAUCGGAAGAUUAAACAGUCUAGUCCCAACUACCAUGAAGAAAAGUACAGAUGCGAAUAUCUUCAUAACAAGUUGGCUCAUAUCAAAAGACGUAUAGGUGAAUUUGACCAACAACAAGCAGGGUCCUGGCACUAGGGCUCUGGACCAGAAGAUGUGAAUAAACUAAAGAUUAUUUAUUUAAAAUUCCAUACAGCUUAUUCUAAAGAUUUAAAAAUAAGUGAACAUUCUCUAAGGCAGCAGGAGCAUUAGCAGUCUGAAUUUGUUGUUUUGUUGAUGGGGAGGAUGUUGCUUCUCUGCAUAGUUCAAGCUGCUUUUUUCUGGUCCCCUUUUCCUUAAUUCUUACUUGUUUAUCCAUGGAAAUUAUUUUACCAUUGGGUAAUGGGGAUCCAGGCUCUAUAGUUCUGAGAUUGUACACAUUUUUCAAAUGAAACAAAAAUUGUAGUUAAAAAAAAAAGCUUUUCAAUAACUACAGGUCUAUUUUCUGAAUUGUUUUCUUCUGAAUGCAAAACUAUUUGCCUUAAGUGGUACAGAGUUUUAAAAUUUG